AUGAGUGAUGUGACAGAUUCAUCUGACAGUGAUGAGAAUGAUUACCUUAUUGCAUGUCUUGAGAAGGACCUUAUUGCAUGUCUUGAGGAUGAACUUGAUGAAAAUCUUGAGGAUGAACUAGAUGAAAGUUCAUCCAACUCAUCAUCAGAUAAUGAAGCUGAAAGCCAAAAUAAGUUAGAGGGUUUCAGGUGCUCUCCAUCACCUAUUUCAUAUUAUAUGGUUAUUGUGCCAUCUGUAAAGGUUGGUGUAUGUAUACAUCCUGGCUCAUUUGGAGGCAUGUGUAUAUAUUGUGGGAAAACGCUGGAUGGGGAAUCUGGUUUGGCAUUUGGGUUCGUACACAAGGGACUAAGACUUCAUGAUGAGGAAGUUUCUAGAUUGUGCAAUAACAUGACGAAUUUAUUAUGCCGUAAAAAGCUUUAUUUGGUUCUGGACCUAGAUCACACACUGCUAAAUUCUACUUCCCUUCAUCGUUUGAGCGAAGAAGAAAGGCCUAUGAUAACUCAGAAAAGUUAUCUAGAAGAUGUCUCCAAAGGUAGCCUCUUCAAAGUGGAGCAUUUACAAAUGGUUACCAAGUUGAGGCCCUUUGUCCGCACAUUUCUUAAAGAAGCAAGUGAAAUAUUUGACUUGUGCAUAUACACUUUGGGUGAUCGGAACUAUUCAUUAGAGAUGGCCAAGCUGCUUGAUCCUGAAAGGGAAUACUUCAAUGCUAAUAGUAAUGUGAUUUCUCGAGAUGAUGGAACUCAAAACCGCAAGAAGCAUCUCGGUAUGGUGUUGGAGAAUGAAAGUGCAAUCCUAAUUCUUGAUGAUACAAAACACGUAUGGCCGAAGCACAAAGAUAAUCUGAUAUUGAUGAGGAGAUACCUCUUUUUCAAUUCAAGUUGUGAGCACUUUGGCUACAAAUGCAAAUCACUUGCUGAAUUGCGGAUAGAUGAAAGUGAAACAGAUGGAGCGCUUGCCAAAAUGCUUGAAGUGCUCAAACAUAUACACUACACUUUCUUUAAAGAAAAUCAUGUUGACAGAGAUGUGCGGCAGGUUUUGUCAUCACUUCGAAGUGAAAUCUUAAGAGGAUGUGUGAUCGUCUUAAGCCGUGCUUUAUGUCGUGAUUUCCAUACACUCAAGAAGAUAGCAAAGAAGCUAGGAGCUACUUGUUUAAAUACACUUGAGCCCAAUGUGACACAUGUAGUUUCUAACAGUGUUGGAACUAGGGAGUCCAAGUGGGCACUGGAAGAAAAAAAGUUUUUGGUUAAUUCGCAAUGGAUAGAGGAUGCAAAUUUCUUCUGGCAAAAGCAGCCUGAAGAGAACUUCUCCGUCGAAGAAAAUAACUAGUUUGUCGUUGUAUAACACUGCUCUGUUGAUAGUUUGUUUCGAUUUUAUAGUAGGCCAAUCAACUACUAACAUCCUCAUUCUGAUUAUGGAAGAUACUUCAUUCGAUGGUGAAGUGGUUCCGGUAUUCAUCUGCACAGUGGAUUGUAAAUUCUUUUCAAGUUAAUUUGUGUUCUGGGUUGUCAUGAUUUCGGAGAAGACUAACCCGGUUCAAGAGUUUGCCCAAUAAAAGUGUUGUAUCCUAAG